UCGAUCGCCAUGGCGCCCGUGAAGAAAUCUGUGAUCAAGGGCGGCAAAAAAAAGAAGCAAGUCCUCAAAUUUACCCUGGAUUGUACCCAUCCUGUGGAAGAUGGGAUUAUGGAUGCAGCUAAUUUUGAGCAGUUCUUACAAGAACGAAUCAAAGUGAAUGGAAAAGCUGGCAACCUCGGGGGCGGAGUUGUGACCAUUGAGAGAAGCAAGAGCAAGAUCACCGUGAGGUCAGAGGUGCCGCUUUCUAAAAGGUAUUUGAAGUACCUGACAAAGAAGUACUUAAAGAAGAACAAUCUUCGAGAUUGGCUUCGGGUGGUGGCCAAUAGCAAGGAGAGUUACGAAUUACGGUACUUCCAGAUCAACCAGGAUGAAGAAGAGGAAGAGGAGGAGGAUUAAACCCUCUUGGGUCUGGAAACGUUUUGUAUAUGAUCUCGAAUAAAACUUGAACCAAAAA